AGAGUUUCGCAUCGUCAGACAUACGCAGUUCGCAGUGUCAGUCUGACAAGCGUGUAUGCGAUACCGUCUUUCCCUUCGCUUCUAUAAACACGCUCUGUUUUAUGAUGAGAAAUGACUAAAGCAUGUCACAGGCAUCAGUUAUUAAUGUGGCCACUGGCGUUCGCGCAAAUGCGCCCUCUCGUAGAUCGUGGAACGUUGCAUUAUGUUUUUCGUUGCUUUUAAGUGUGCUAGAAGGGCCUCGGGUCUUGGCUGCGGGCGCUGUGUCUCCAGCGUGGAAUGGCACCGCUCUACCUAUCCCGCCGAUCCACUAUGCGGUUGUUGGCGCGCACCAGUGCGGCGCUUCAGUGCUGUGGACGUAUGCGCGGCUGAAUGACAAGUUGGCGUUCGUGGGCCACUUCCGCAACGAGCACUUCACACACACGCCCGGGAAAUCAGCCCUGUGCGACAACAACCUUGAGGAGUACCUCAACCUGGUGGCCGUGCAGCCGCGGGCGCGCAACCGCACGGACCUGCUUGUGGGCGACUGGGGCUCCAUGCACCUGCACUGCCUGUGCUGCCCCGUCAGCCUGGCGAUGAUCAACCCGGAGCUCAAGGUGGUGGUUGUGCUACGGGAUCCGGUGCAGCGGGUGUUGUCGGCAUUCCUGUUGGCUCGGCGGCUGCGGCUGCACGUGUGGAAAGAAUGGACCAGUAAUUACACAUUCGCCGGAUAUGUGGACAAGGAGCUCGAGUCACUCGGCGCCUGCUUCGCACGGGCGCGGCGCUUAAGCCAUGAUAGCAGUGGGAGUAGCAGCACUACCACCAUGGGGGCCCAGCAGCCGCAGCCGCAGCCGCUGCUGGCGGAGGGUGCAGUGCCUAAGGGCUGGGGCGCAGGCAUGGACCUGGGCCAGUGGAUGGAGGCGCAGUGCUGGGCGCAAAGCCACCUCCUGGGCUGGUCCGCCUACGACGUCUUCCUGUCCAACUACCUCGCCCACUUCCCGCCCCGCCAGCUGCUGGUGCUGUACGCAAGCCAGCUGGCCACACAGCCCGCAGCGGCCGUGGCACAGCUGGAGGCCUUCCUGGGGGCGCCGCCCGGCAACUACAGCCGGCUGGGGGCUGCAGCAGUGCGACUGACGCCGGCGGUGAUGGAGCGCGUCAGCGAGUGCAACGGUGUCAAGUGCGUGCACACCCCGGCGGCCCACUUACUGGCAAGCCUGGCACCCGGAGAGCAGCUGCUCCCGACAUGGCGAGCAGCGGGCGCAGCGGCAGGCGCAGCAGCGGGCGCAGCAGCGGGCGCAGCAGCGGGGGCAGCUGCUGGCGCAGCUGCUGGGGCGGCAGCGGUUGCAGCGGCCAACGCCACAGCGGCAGCAGCUGCUGUGGACCCCAGCAGCCCCUUUGCGCGCGCGGUGGCGGCCCUGGCCGAGUUCUAUGCGCCGCACGUGGCGCGGCUGGUGCGGUGGGGCCGGGAGGGGCGCAUCAGCCCGCCGCCGCAGGAGUGGAGGGAGGCGUACGGGGUGAAGUAAGGGCGGGGUGUAAUGGGCAGGGUGGCCUCGUGGGGGGGGGGGGCAGGGAUUUCGGGGUCGACUACUUACUGUAGUUCGACGCUGGGGAGGCAGGGGAGCAAGCAGACAAGCAAAAGAAUGGGCGCAGCAGCUUUCAGGCAGGCGUGCCAACACGUAAUACGGUGAAGGUGUCUCGAACUGGCUUGGUUGGGCAUACAACAGAGUGCGAGGGCCAAUGACUGAGCGAGUCCCGUGCGUGGGGCAGUGAUCAUUGAGGGGUGUGCGCAUGUGAUGAGGAAUUGCGAAUGGAGUGCUGUGUACGGUAACUGCUGGCAUGUGUGUGUAGAUCAUCGGAAUGUGCCAACGCACACAGCCGCCGUGCCCAUUCAAAUACACACGCCGACGGUGCUAAAUGUUGGCAGCGUGUGCCACCGUUGCAAACCGACAGAUUUGAGGAUGCGGGUUGAGGUUUGACAUGACUAGGGCGUGGGGCCACGACUAGCGGGCAGUGGUGCUUGCACGUUUGGCGAUGUUGCAGAACCUUCUUGCCGGCCCCGGGCUGAAAGUAGCUUUCGUGUCAUUGUUUGGGGCUGCGUCCAAUGGUGGUAGCGGCCGCUGCAGCGCUGGCCCCGGCGGCGGCGGCAUGCAUGUGCGGAAUCGGGGGAGCAGGCGGGGCAACGUGCAGCAGCAGGGGUGGAGCGUGGUGCCGCACCAAAAUCAAGCCGCGCCAGCGCGUACCGUAGGCUGAGACCGGCCAGUGUCUGAUUAGGGGUCUGCGCAGGGCUCCUAAUGUGCGACCGCAUGCUGGAUGUGCUGUGCGUGGUUGUGCUUUGCUGCUGGGCCGCGCAGACACUACCUGGCUCCUGGCGGUGCUCAUCAGGACUCGUCCCGGCGUUGCCCGGGAGAUGAGGUACAUGGGCACGCAGGGCCAGCAGUAGAUCGUUCGUAGACGACCUGCAGAGGCCUGCAGCAGUGUGCGUGAUGUAUGAUGUAUGACGGGUUGCGUAUGGACGAUCGGGCGUAUAUGCUGCGCGAGGGAUCAUCUACGCUUAUCAAACACCCCGGGCC